CCCCCAUUCAACCACUCUCCUCUCUGUUCCAGUGUGUUUACUACACUGCCGAGCAUAAGGGAGACGCUCGUCUUCACAUGCACUGAACCCACUAAGAAAAACAGUUUUUACUCGUAUUUGUAAGAAAACCUCCAAGAGAUCAACAUGCCCAAGAGAAAGAGAGCAGAAGCAGGAGAAAAGGAGGAGCCCAAGAGGAGAUCCGCACGGCUAUCAACUAAACCGGCCCCACCCAAGCCGGAACCAAAGGUCAAGAAGGCAGCAAAGAAAGAAAAGGCUGUGAACGAUAAGAAGGAAGACAAGAAGACCAAGAAGGCGAAAGAGAACGCCGAGGCGGAGGCGAACGAAGAAAACCACUCUGAGAACGGAGAGGCCAAGACCAACGAGGUGGAGGCAGCCCCCGAGGAGGCCAAGGAGGAGGCCAAGUCCGAGUAGCACCACUGCCCAAGCUUCCUCCUCUUCCUCCUCCUCCUCCUCCUCCUCCAGUUCAGCCUUUAUCCAUGUUUUAUUAACGGUUCAGCCAUGUUAAUGUGGGUGAUUCUUUUAGACCUCUAAAUGUGCAGUGAGUUCCCUUUGCUUCUGUCUCAUGAUCUUGUUUCUUUUUCUUUUUUUUUUUUCAUUGAAAAUGUGUUUUAAACAGACAAACAAACAAGAAAAAAAAAAUGUUGAAGCGUGUUGUCCAUAAGAAAGAGGAAGACGAACAUGUGAAACAUUCCGGGAACAGCAAUUGCCUCCGACCUGUCUCCUAAACGACCCUGCGUGUAAAACAGCUCCUGCUCCAUCCACGCUGUCAUGUCGGCUUUUCUAAACACUAUGGUUUUUCUUAAAACAAUUGAAUUUGGAAACACUACACUACACUACACUGACAAAUGCAGGUGUCUGGUACCUCUCUUAUGUUCUGAAAUUCUCUUAAUAAAAAGAAGUCCUGGGAAUUUUCCUCGAA